ACUUUUCUUUCUUGGGGGAGGGGUGUUGUGAGGGAAGCUCGGCGGUGCGCGAAGUGAAACAGCACAGAGAGAGCGAGCACGAGGGACAAAGGAGAUCCGCACACAGCGAAGAAGGAAUGAAACAAACUGGAUACGUUUUUCAAAUUUUUUUUUUUUCAUUUAGAUGCACAUCCGUGCACGCGGCCCGGUCCGUAAAGGCACCGCGGCCGUUCGGGCUGGAGUAGGAGAACUUUUUGCUGCUGGAGCGUGAGUUCAUGCACUCUGCUUUUGCACCCACACGUGGUGACUUCAUGACGUGUUUUCCGGGACUCGCCGAGGUAUUUCUGUCCGCUUUAUAGCCCGGGAGGUUUGAUGAUGUACUGCAGGAGGAAGGGUUCGAGUUAACCCCCAAGUAUGAGAUGUUGGUGCGGCGUCCUGGCACUGCUCCUGUGGGUGCUGGUGGCCGUGGAUGCGCAGCUCAUCUGCUGGCAGGCCAUCCUGCGCUGCCACGCCGAACCUGAGUGCGACCUCGCCUAUGGUCAAUACUUGGCCGCCUGUGAGGGCAACCUGCGGGGCACCAGGCGCCAGUGCCCCAGCCACUGCAUUAACGCACUGAUCCGCCUCAACCGCACCCGCAGCGGGCCGGACCUGGAGAGCUGCGAGUGCGCUCAGGACGUCGAGUGCCAGGGGGCCAAGCGCGCCAUCGAGCCGUGUCUACCUCGUCGGUACCCGGAAGACGGCGGCGGGGGGAUCGGCUGCAUGGAGGCACGGCAACGUUGCGUGCAAGACAGCCACUGCCACGCUUCCCUGGAAGCGUAUCUGUCUUACUGCGGACAGCUGUUCAAUGGACGCAAGUGCUCGGCCAAGUGCAAGGCCACCAUCCAGCAGAUGUUGUACAUCCCCGACGGGGCCCUGCUCAACCGUUGCGUUUGCGACGGCGAAGGGAGACCCUUCUGCGAGGUGGUCAAGGAGAACAUGAGUAAACUCUGCUCCAUCGGGGACCACCACGGCGUCAUCUCAGACCAGCCGGAGGUGGACGACACGUACGAGGACGAGGACUAUGACGCCAGACAGGACAGGGAUGACGUCUACAGCGAAAACUCUGCGGCUCCCCGGAGGUUGCCCACGUUGGGGAUGCUCCUGGUUCUCUUUCUCGGAUGUAUUUGGUUGUGAAAUUGGAUUCAUCCCUUGACACUUCUUUUCCUGGACCAACUGAAAGGGGGGCUUGAAGGCGAGUCAGCUGGAUGAGGUGAUGCUGGUUUUCACCCUUGCUGUCAGCACUUUGGAUCAUUUGAGACCAAGGUUGACAAGAGGACAGCUGGAAUUCUUCAUGGUUGAGGAUAUUCGGUGGGUCCAAUUCUACUCUACACCAAGAAGUGCCACCACGUUGGGUUUCUUUUUCGCAGUUGACCUGGCUGGUUUUCACCCCUUGGACACUUUGGAUUUCAUCAUUUGAAAUAGUUUUUAAAACUAAGACUUCCCCAAUGGAGGGUUCAAUAUGAUGCAGAAACCUCGAACUCUUCAAGAACCGUUUGAGGUCUCCCUAGUUGAGGGCUAUGACUUCUUUGAAGUUCACUGACAUCUUAGUUGAAAGGACCAGCAACCACAAAAACAUUCAAGAACCUUCAGUUUGGACUUCCUCACGGAUGUCUUGUACAUGGGAAAACUGUAGAUGGACUCACCAGACUCCAAGUUGCCAGUUGCAUGCGGCUCCCGUUUGUUUACUCUUGGUGUCAAUGGUACUUAGAGGGUCGCUUUAUUAAGACCUUAGACAAACACGGAGACUCGGCCGAGACUCGGUCCGUUUACUCUCCUACUUUUGUCGCCGUAACCACACUUCAAAUAUUUGCGGGGGACAGGAUCAAGUGCUUAAAUGAACUGGGGCACCGCACUCCACACAAGUUUUGUACAGAAGAACCGAGUACACCCCCCCCCCCCCCCCCCCGGCCGCCCCUUGGCCUCCUUCCUCCCCUGCUUCCCACCCUUUUCCUUCCCCUAACUUCACACCUAUAAAUGACACCUCGUUUUAUUACUGCUAACUUUGCUAUGUUGGCAUCCAUCUUGCUUUUGUUUCUUCUUGGCCUGAGAUCCAACGCAGGAGCGACAAAAUGUCAGCUCCAUUCCCCCAAUCACAUGCUAACUUUUACAGCUCAAAAUGUAGCAGGCUCAUUAAAUUCACAACUUUUUUUAAAACCGUUCACAUUUGGUUAACACGCAACAUGUUGAAAAAUGUUCCGAUUGUCACGCCGAAAUUAUGCCAACAUGAGUUUUAUGUGUGUAAAUGUUAAAUUAUGAAGCCAGAAUAUGAAGACAAACGUGUGUGUAUAUAUUUGACAGAAUGAUACGAUUAUAUGAAGUCAGUGUAAUAAAGCUUGGAAGCCAUGAUUAUUGA